AAAAGGCAAGAAAAUAUGAAUGAAACAAAAGUCUCAGCCACCAGUGGCAAUGAGUUGCAAAAUGAGACAAACAGUAAUCAGACAGUGCAAAAAGAAGAAGAUUCAACAGCUGAAGCUUAUUUAGAUCAUUUAUUAAAUAAUGGCUGCAACGAGGGUGAUAGCGAGUAUGAAAUGGAAAUGCCCUCUUGGUAUAAUGAUACGCUAUUCAGAGAGGGGCAAACAUACAUGAGCAAAUAUCGUUUCGUUUUGCAAAGCGGUAUGUUGGCGGGCUUAAUUGCUGUACUCUCUGUACCGUCUAUAUUAAAAGUGUUAAUGUGCACACGGCAAUCAUCAACACCAAGUACGGCCUAUAGACGCUAUUUACGUACAAUAUUGCAUACGCAAGCCUGGUAUGAGUAUCCGCCGGAACCAAGAAAUUCGAAAUUUUGGAUCAGCUUACGAGCGGUCAGAAAAGCUCAUUCACGCUCAAGUCGAGCUUGCGCUAAACUCGGGUCCGGCAUGAUAACGCAAAAGGAUUUAGCUUUAACCCAAUUCGGUUUUAUUGGAUUCAUUACCUUGGGUGCAUAUCGUAUUCAAUUAUAUGAUCAGGAAUUUCUCGAGGCGACUAGUCACAUGUGGCGAGUCUUAGGCUACUUAUUGGGCAUUAAGGAUGAGUAUAACAUAUGCGGUAAAAAUUGGAGUGAAACAAAUUUGCGAUUAGACAUAGUGCUGCGUAAAGUGUAUAUACCAGCUUUGGAAAAUGCUUCCAAAGAUUUUGAAGAUGCCACCAAAGCAUUAUUACAUGGUUUAUGGCCGGUAAAUACCAGUUUAACCGUCGGCUCAUAUCUAUUUAUGACAAAACGUUUGGCUUGUGUUAAAGGUUAUGAAUAUUAUGAAUUUGAUCAUCGGCCCGGGGCACAACGCGAUCCCAAUCAGCAUCUUUACUAUAAAGAUUUAAAUUGGUGGGAUCGGUUCAUCGUAUUUUAUGGCCUAUUUCUUGUCACUUAUCUACAUAAAUAUAAUGCUGUGCGUUGGUAUCUUAACUUCAGGGUAUGGCUAAAUGAACAAAUUUCAUAUUAUGUACCCUAUGUUGCGAUGUUUAUGUUCGGUUUCAAAUUGGCCUUUGUACGUAUUUUCACUAAGGCUGGAUCGGAAAAUGAUUUUAAAUAUCAUUUAAAAAUAGAAUAGUAUACACAUGUACAUACGCACAUACACACAUAUAUAUAUAU